AUGCAAAAGCGAUAAGUUAAAAUAGAGAUGUUAAAGUAUGUAUGAAAUAAUAAUAGACAGUCCAUCUAGAUGUUUAACAUAAUCAAGAUCACCCAAAUAAAAUGUAAAACUAACUCAACCUUUAAUUUUAAAGCAAAUUACAUAAUUAAUCAAGAACUCAAAAGAAAGAAAUACAGAAAGACUUUGUAAGCCUUACGAAAAAUUAAAUUAUAUUUAAAAUAUAUAGCCUUCUACAACUUCUAGGCCCAUGUAGAGUCAUGAUUUAUCAACAACUUUUCAUUAAUUACUUUAAGAGUUUAGAAAUUAUAAGAAAUAAAAUAAAGAGAAUUCAUUUAAUAAGAUUAAUAAACCAUUUAAAAAGGGGAGACAGAUUAGUUUUCCCAAUGCCAUUCAUCUUAAUAAUUCCAGCAACAAUAUUAAUAGUAUUAAAGAUAAAUUGUAUUUAAAUAAAAGAGAAUCCAAUAGUAAAUUGGCUUAAACAAUAUUAUCAAUUGCCUAAACAUCACAUUCAUAGAAUAAUUAUAGAUUAUAAUUCAAUGGAAUCAUAGAGGAUUGUUCUUAAAAAUAAUACAAUUAUUUAUAUGAAGUCAAAAAAAAUAUGAAAAAUGAUAAUUCUCAUUAUAAAAAGAAUUCUUAAAGAUGUGCAUCAGCUGAUAUCUAAUUGGUUGUAAGAAGUACAAAUAAAAAAACAAGAUCAUCUUCAAUAGACCGAAAUGAAUCUCGCUUUUUAGGUUCAACAUAAGCCAACUCAAAUCCUAAGGAAAUAGAUUUAACAUGUGAUGAAAAUGAAAUUAUUGUUCAUAAUAUUAAUUUUAAUGAAAGAAUUGGAACAGAACCUGAUCCUUUAAUAAAUUAAGAAAGAUAAUAUUUAGUUGACCCAUAUUAUUUAAUUAAAUAAAAUGAAAUAACUUGGUUAAUAAGAGCUAUAGUGAUUGAUUGGAUGAUGGAAACUGCUAUGGGUAACAAUUUAAAGAGAUAAACAUUUCAUUUGUCAAUAUAUUAUCUUGAUUCUUAUUUAUCUAAGAAAUAAGCAAAUAAAAAAAAUAUAUAAUUAAUUGGAUUAACAAGUUUGUUAAUUGCCAACAAAAUAGAAGAAGUCAAUCCAAUUUGUUUAAUGUAAUUUCAGAAGGCUGCUAAUAAUGGAUAUAAGUAGAAUGAUAUAUUAAAUAUGGAAUUAGAUAUACUAUUUGUAAUUGUCUAUUGCUAUAUAUCUAGACACUUAAAUGGUAAGUGAAUGCUCCUUCUUACACUUAUUGGAUUAAUUGGUUUACAGAUUAAUGGGAUAUUUUUGCAAGUAAUAAUGGUAUCAAUCUCUUUUUUAGGAAAUCAAAUGAAGAAUCUUAUAAAUGUAAUUAUAUCAUAAUAUAAAGUAUUUAGAAAGUUAUGUCAACUUAUUGAUUGCACUUUAAUGGAUAUACAAACUCUUCAAUAUAUACCAAGAACAAUUAUAGCUUCAUUUAUGUAUUUAAUAAUCUCAUUUUAAUUAAAUGUUUUUGAUAUUGAUAUGCUUGAAGUUAUGUCCAGAACUUCAAUGUUUUUAUUAAAUCGUAUUCAAUUUAUCAAUAUUCUAUAGGAGAUAACUAAUUUAAUUAAAUAUUUGAAUAAUUUGUAUCUAUAACUUUUGGCUUUGCAUUACAUGAUAUAUUGCCAGCCAUAUAAUAUACAGUAGGAUUUUAUGAAUUACAAAUUAAUUAUGAAACACCUCCUGGAGUUGCACUUUUAUUGAAUACUCCUUUAGAAGUAAUAUCAAUUUGUAUAUCAUAGUCAAAUUAUGAAGAAUUUCUUUCAUUUUAAUGUUAUUCAAAAUACUUACUUGAAUUUGUCAGAUAAAAAACAAGGGAUUGA